UUUAGGGCACAAGUGGUGAGUUUUCAAUGGUUAUUAUAAGGUAAGCUUUUUAUUUAAUGCAACAAAAACCGUCUGGCUAUAAAUCAUAUCAUGCAGAUGAUGAGAAUAGUAAUGAUGUCACUUCUCUUGACCCGGAUGUGAAUUCUGACCCAUCACCUCAAGAACCAGAAGAGGAUGAAGAUGAAGAGAAUGAAGACUGGGAGAUCAUCGAAUACUCAGAGUCAGACAAAGAUGAAACUGUUGUCGACAUCGACGGGUAUGGAGGUUCACCUAGUAAUUCAGAACUGUGUACAGUCGUUCGUCGGGUGGCGAAUGUCACGUUGGCCUUAGAACUGGCCAAAGCUCUUCGUUUGGACGUUAGUGACAUCAUAGUUCUCAUUGCUCCUCGCAACCCUGCAUUAAUGGAGAGACUGGCAUGGAAACUCCUUCAUCGAUGGUGUAGACGUCUAGGAAGACAGGAGAAGGAAGAGAAGGUGUCUGCGCUUCUUCAAGGAUACUACAUUGAAGACACUCAAACAGGUAUUGGUGAAAUCUCUGCCAAAAUUCGUACAACUCCAGACCUCAUCGACCUCUCUCAAAGGUUGGAUCUGUCAGCUUCUGAAAUUCUUCAGGUAUUGGCUUCAUCUUUGACCUUUGAAACUGCCUCGAUACGUCGGGUGGUACUACAAAUGCUUCAGAAAUGGGUCAAACAAGGAGGAACAAGGCUGAGGUUGCUUGAAAUGGUUCAAGCUUUUAAUUUCAACAAUGCUGCAGAACACAUAGCCCGAGCAAUACCAAGCCACCCAGGUUUCUUGGACACUUUCACACAUGGCAUCAUUGAUCAUGAUGGUGGAGACCUGAAUCUAGACGAACCUGAUAUCCGGGUAUCUAUUCCUUCAGGAGCGAUCCCCAAAGGAAUGAAAUCACUUGUUACUCUCACUAUCUUACAAGGAAGUUCAUCAAAGUUUCUCCUGGAUCCUGGCGAAGUUCUUAUAACACCGACCAUCCGAUGUUCCUUCGACCAUGAUCUUCUCAAACCUGCCACUAUAGCGAUUCCACACUACAUUGCUCCAAAUCGACACCAGCAGAAGAAGCAAGACUUGUGUGUGAAGCUGUAUAGCAAAAUAGGACCAGGAGAAUAUGGGUACAAGACUUUGCUUCCUGAAUCGACAAGAGAUUUUGAGAUCUCAGAAGACAGGAUUGCCUUCUCAACACGUCAUCUUCAAUACUUCGCUUUGUCUUCAAACGACAUCCAUGGGGUUCAAUUCAUUUGUGAAGUAUCACAUCCUCUUUUCACUAGCAACUCCUCACACCCCACUCUGCGAAUCUGUAUAGCCCAUCCUUGCAAUACAGACUCUACAGGUGUAAGAGGACAGACAUACACCUUAUCGGAACCAGUCUACCAAACCGCGGCUGCAAUCAAAUUCAAUCUGAAAUCUGCUGAUUAUGACAUCAAGAUUUCGUGUCUUACUGGCCCGGAGAGAAUUCGAGAAACUGUUCAUGUGCGUUCCUUACUAUCUGGACGUUGUAAUACUGUGGACAUCAAUCUACCGCCCUCAACCGAUGAUAAGCGUGUUCUCGUUUGCAUUGAGCAAGGCCCGGCCACACUUGCAGAACAAGAAAUUAAUAUCUGUAAAGAAGUGGAACCUGACUACGAAAAAAUACAAAGAAGAGGCCGAUUAAGGUACGUUUCGAAUAGCAUGGUAGAGGUAUUGAUUGAUUUAGUCUGUGGAAUAAAAGAAGCAAGUGAGCUUGGCUACCAGCUCGGUUUCUCCUACUCAUCAAUGGAGAAAUACCUCGUCAGAGCAGACUCCUCGGCCAGAAAUGUCUCAAGGUCAGGUCUUAGAGAUAUGCUUCAAGACUGGAGAAAGUGUGUCCGACCUAGUGAACAGGUUCAAAAACUUCAACUUGCUUUAGAAGCCGUUGGGUUAAGUCAUGAAGCUGAAACCAUAUUUCAUGACCCUUAAAUUA